AUGUUAAAAAGAAACCCAAGCUCCCAAAAAACUCUUAAUUCCUUUGAAAAACCUCCAAUUAAAUACGUUCCUAAGCUAAAUACCCUCCCAAAAAUCAAGUCGUUACCAAAGAUAAUGCCUGAAUCGACAACAUCUACAGCUUCUCAUUCGACGAGUUUCAAAAGACACCCUAAAAAUUUAUUUUUAAAACCUCUGAGCUCACUUAAAUCCCAAGGAAGAUAUGAAAUAUCUGACGACAGCUUAGCUUUAGCAGAAUUUAAAAAAAAUGAUAUUGUUAGGUCAAUUAAGCUCCCUGACGCAAAAUUGCCUUAUUGAUUCAUAGACUUAAUGGACGAUUUCAAUUUAGACAGAAGCUUUCAGGAUAAAAGAACGCUAUCUAAUAUUGGAUGCACGCCGAGAACGCUAUCAAGGCAGUCAAUGCUUGAAUGGAUUGCAGAAAUGAAAGACAAAUUGCUUAAAAACAGGACUCAGGGGUUUGAAGAUUUUGGUGAUUUGUAA